AUGUCCGACUCCGUCAAGCGUGACUCUGAUUCUCCCCAACAGUCGCGUUCUCCUUCCCCCUCGCCCAAAGACACCUUGACUCUCAGAGCCCUGGUCACCACGAAAGAUGCUGGUAUUGUCAUAGGAAAAGGUGGAAAAAACGUCGCGGAUCUGCGUGACCAGACUGGUGUUAAAGCUGGUGUCAGUAAAGUCAUUCCCGGUGUACAUGAGCGGGUUCUCACUGUCACUGGCUCCGUUGAGAGUGUAACAAAAGCUUAUGCUCUCAUAAUUCAACAGCUGGUGACAUCCAAUACGCCGUCUCCAGUUACUGCAUCUCCUUCUGCUUCGCACACCUCCAUCCGACUUUUGAUCUCUCAUAAUCUUAUGGGAACAAUCAUUGGCCGUAGCGGUCUGAAGAUCAAGGCCAUUCAGGAUGGUUCUGGUGCUCGAAUGAUCGCAUCCAAAGAAAUGCUUCAUCAGUCAACUGAGCGAAUCGUCGAAGUGCAAGGAUCUCCCGAUGCCAUCACGCAUGCUAUUCAAGAGAUCGGUAAAUGUCUUUUGGAAGAUUGGGAACGAGGAGUUGGAACCGUUUUGUAUCAUCCUGGUCCACCGGAGGAGCGGAACAGACGUUCCGCGAAUGGGCUUCCGUCUCAUAACAAUCCACGUCGUUCCAAUGGCGACGGCCGGUCCCCUGGCUCUCCUACAUCUCCCUCACUGCAACAAGCCAGUGUUGCUGCUCAGCCUGCUGCUAACCUACGCACCCAAAAUAUCUCCAUUCCUUCGGACAUGGUCGGCUGUAUCAUUGGUCGCAGUGGUUCUAAGAUUACCGAAAUCCGCCGCCUCUCUGGCUCCAAGAUUUCCAUUGCCAAAGCGCCCCAUGACGACACCGGUGAAAGGAUGUUCACCAUCGUUGGCACUCCUGAAGCCAAUGAAAAGGCAUUGUUUUUGUUGUAUAAUCAGUUGGAGAGUGAGAAGGAAAGGCGGGUCGGGCGUGAGGCACAGCAGCAGCAGGAGUUACAGGACUAA